AUGGCAGAUGCUGAACCUCCCGGUAACAGUGAGCAUGGUGAAAAAUUAGAUGCUGGAACUUCCACGGGUAGAAUAAAACGUUUUUAUUGCCAGAAGUGUAUGAAAUAUGAUGGCUUUUCCCAUAUCUGUGAUACGGAUAAAGACGAAGAAGAAAUAGAUCCCGAAAGUCUCAUGAGAGCCUUCGACCCUACUUUUGAGGGAUAUUGGAAUAUUUCAUAUCGUGAUCAUAGAUGGAAGGCUUGGAGAAAUAGACGAGUCGUGCAAAAGCUUCAACAUGCAACGAAAUUUUUAUACUUCAUGGAGUUGCUACGAAAAGCAGGAGCAAAAUGGAAAACAACUACUACGGAAGCUACUACAAGUACUAACAUGGAAGAAGUUUCCAGACCUACUUCUACCAAAACUGCAACUACGAAUAUUCCUAUACGAAAGGAAGAGCCCAAAAUCCUGAAAUACUGGCACGAUUUCUUCUGUUUUUGGUUUGGUGAUGACGUUACGCAAUGGCCGGUUCGAUAUCGUUCUUUCACAAAUGUCGCUGUAUUGGCUAAAAGAGAUGAUGUCGUCACAACGGGUACUUCCACGGAUGAUGUAUUUGCAACAACCACCAUCGCUGAGAGAUUACGGGCACGGCAACAGUUAGAAGUACUACUAUAUGAUUAUCUUCAGUCUACUUCUGAGGAAACUAUUCCUUCUGCUCUCAUAAGAGAACAUGAAAAUACCUAUCAGCGUACUGCAACAAGACCUAAUCUGGCUCUGGACAAGGUCGAGGACGACCAUGUGACUCAGCUAAUCCUAGAACGGAAUCUCUGCGAUAUAUUCAAUAUGUGCCAUCCACUGUGUCCUCACAGAAGAUUGCAGACUAGCAAAGGAACAACCACAGCUGUUACUACUGCUGCUGCUACGGGUAGUGGUAUUACCAUUGAUUAUCUAAAGCAGCUUAGAGACGAGAUUUUUGGUCCCUCAGAUGAUGACCCAGUAGCUUAUUUUCCGAAGUCAUUUAUAGAGACCUACGGUGGCAUCAUCACGGAAGCUGCUUCUUCUUCCUCCUCCUCAGAAGACAUAGAAUUCCCAAUGUUGUGCAAAGAUGCAGCUACAAAUACUGGUAUUAUAGGAGCGAUUACACCUACUUCUUCAGCAGAUGAUGUGAUUGAACCUAUUGUAAAAAUCAUUUACAGUGUUCUAGAAUCGCCCAAAAAUGCAGCUACAAACACUGAUAUCACGGAAGAAUUUACAGCUACUACUUCCACAGAUGAACCUUCUUCAGUGUUCAGGAUUGGUAAAUGGCACAAAGAUGCAGAUACAAAUACUGCUAUAACUCCUGAGCCAGUUCUGGUUUCAACUAGUACUUCUACAGGUCCACCUACAGUUGCUACUGAGAUGGAUUUCCUACUACAGGGCCUUCUAGAAAUAGUAAAAAGUGUAUUUCCUGAUACUUCUGAGGAGUGCAUUCAGACAAUCGCUGAAGAUGCGGCUACAAGUACUGCGCAGAUACCAGAAGUACAGGAAACUCUUCCAAAAGUUGGAAGUGAUAUUUCCAUUGAAGUACGUACUGCUAAAGCUCUUUCGGAGUGGCAAGACUUAAUACGGUCACGAGGAGCUGAGUUACAUAGUGAAGAGCCAGUACAUAAGGAGCCUAGUAUUUGGAAUCGAAUCCAUCAGCAGUUAAUAUAUUUCCCGUCAGAUGUUACCAAAGAUGCUCGUGUUCUUGAAGAAACGGAGGACAGCGCUGUUUUGCGUUAUUUUGGCAUCAAAGGAAAAUUUGUAUCUAAAGAACCAGAUCCUGCAAUAGGACGUUGGAAAAGAAUGGCAUUCCAUGGAAAUCAACUUGGAAUUUUUGAUUCUUUACCAGGAAAACAGGAUGAGUUACUUUGCGAAGAAGAGGCUUGUUCAAGGAAGAAGUAUUCUGCGCCACAAGUAGAGACUUUCACAAACAAAGAGAGAAAAACUCUUAGAGAGGCAGUUCUUGAAGCAAAGAAAACUGAAAGUUUAAAAUGCGCCCAACACUCUCUGCUUCCUCCUGAUAGAGUAUUAGAAGAAGAACAGAAAAGAGAAGAACAGGAACAAAAAGAACGAAAUAAGGAAAUGAUAGAUGUACUUCUAAAACCUCUAGAAGAGGAGCCAAUUUGGGUAGGGUCACAAAUGGGAUAUCGGAUAUAUCCACAUGGUGUAUAUCAGAAGUCACGUGAUAAGCUACGAGAAGAGAUGAGAAUGCGUGAACGAUUUGAUGAGGCAUUUAUUACAGCAGAUAGGUUUCAAAGAUUAAGGUUAAAAUGUAAAGAAACUAAAAUUCCAUUAGAAGAGGAAAUGAAAAAAUAUGAGACGGAAACCCCACUAACACCACCCAUUGAGCCAUCUUACACAAAAGAAAAACGUGGGAAGUCAGAUCGUUGGUGGACUAUGAAGGAGGAACUCGAUCUCAUAUUUGCAGUCAUUGACCUUCAUGAUUUAAACCAUAUUUAUUACGAAACUCUGAAAGAAAGAUUUACUAUCUGUGACAUCAUUAAGCGAAUGGAUAUUCUGAUGCGUGACUGUCCUGUGAGACCAGUAAUGCAGAAUUUACCAUCAAAAAUAGUAAACAAGUUUCGAAGACGUAUUCUGGCUGAUCCGCACCUGCGGGAUAUGAUUGCCAGAGUGAGAAAUGAGGAUUCUUCAAACAGUUCACCAUCUAGUGAAUAAAAAUGUAAAAGUCAGUCAAAUGUAAAAGUUUUUUUUUUUUUUUUUUUUUUUUUCCAUUUCAAGGGGGUCUAUUGGUUUUUUUUCAAUAAACUGAUUGUAAAACUUAGGUA